CAACCUUCACCUCCUCGUCAGUCUUCUGCAAUGGAUCGCAACCCUUCUCUCUCCCUGCGCGCAGAACCGCCGGCCUCAGAGAGGCGAGGGAGGGCGCCGCUGUACCACGCGGCGCUCCACUCGGUGCAGAAGCCGCCGGGGAAGCCCUGGAAGAAGCCCGACCAAGCACCACCACCGCAGCCCAGGGUGUACCGGGUGGAUCCCCGGGGCUUCCGGCAGCUGGUGCAGCGGCUGACGGGCGUAGCCCGAUCGACGCCGCAACCACUGAGGGAAACCGCCCCUCCGCCGCCUCCGCUCAAAUUGGCGGCCCCAGCGUUGACGGUGCAAUCGCUAUUUGCUGACGGUGAAAACGUUGGCACGGACGCGGUUUCCGGCGUCCAAUCUCCUACAGGAUUUCUGGGGCUGCUGUCUCCUUCCUUCUACUCGAGUUUGUGUUCGUUCCCACUUCUGAGUCCUGCAGGUCCAAUCGAGAGUAUGGGGCAUAUAUAGCAGUCUACACUCUUUGUAUUAUUGUUUGUGUUGAUCCUUUGAUCAGUGUAUUUGACUGCCAUGUUAUUUCUGCACGUAGUGGAGCAAAAUGCUAACUUUAGCAGGACAUAAAUAACAAAAGUUUUAAUCUUCCUGUUCUUGUUUAA